AUGGGGUUCUUAUUAAAAUUUGCCUUGCAUAUCCUGACCCUGGUUUCCGUCGUGAGCGCAUACGAUGACCCAUCGGUACAGCUCAACUAUGGCAACUUUCAAGGAAAAUAUGACACAACCUAUAACAUCUCGUACUUUCGCAAGAUCCCAUUUGCUGCACCUCCAAUAGGCCAAAACCGCUUUCGUGCACCCCAGCCGCCUCUCAAAAUCAACGAAAGCGUCUAUGACACAGAUCAGACCUUCGACAUGUGCCCUCAGCGCACGGUCAACGGAUCCGAAGACUGUUUAUACUUGGGCCUCUACUCUCGCCCAUGGGAUCCAUCACGGGAGUUGAAAAGACCCGUUCUGGUCGUGUUUUACGGAGGCGCAUUCAUCGAAGGCGAUGCAGCUUUCGGCAUACCGCCAAAUUCAUACCCCGUUCUCAACGCGAGCACUCUCAAUGAUUACGUGGUGAUCUAUCCCAACUACCGCACAAACGCAUUUGGCUUCCUUCCCGGCAAAGCGAUUAAAGAGUCCCCCACCUCGGAUUUGAAUCCUGGCUUGUUAGAUCAGCAGUCCGUGCUGAAGUGGGUGCAGAGCCACAUAGAGCAGUUUGGCGGGAACCCGAAGAACGUUAGCAUCUGGGGCCAAUCGGCUGGUGGAGGCUCUGUGGUGGCUCAGAUUUUAGCGAAUGGACGCAAUGGGCAACCGAAGCUUUUUUCGAAGGCUCUUGCUAGUUCUCCUUUCUGGCCAAAGUCUUACGCUUACGAUGCGCCCCAGGCUGAGGCAAUUUAUGACCAGCUGGCUAAUUUGACUGGUUGUGCUGGGUAUCAUCAUGACCAUGAGACGCUGGCUUGCUUGAAAUCUGCUGAAGUGCAGACGAUUCGGGAUGCAAGCCUUAUCAUCGAUGCUGAUAAUACAUACACUACCAGCUCGUAUACGUGGGCCCCUGUCAUUGAUGGCGAGUUCCUGGCUGACACCUUGACUGAAGCUGUUGACAAGGGUAAUUUGGAUACGGAGUUUAUCUGGGGAAUGUACAACACCCAUGAAGGACAGAAUUUUAUCCCGCCAGGACUGGCUGACACUGCUUUGACCGGCGGGUAUAAUUCAUCUGCUGAGAGCUUUCACCAGUGGUUAACCGGAUUUCUGCCUGGAUUGUCAGCGAGGCAGAUCAAAGAAGUGGAGAAUACUUAUUAUCCGGUCGAUGGCAGUUCCGAGACGAUCACCGAGUACAAUACCACCUAUAUUCGGGCUGGACUCAUCUACCGGGAUGUGGUGCUCUCUUGUCCGGCAUAUUGGGUAGCUUCGGCGGCACCAGGGAAGGGAUACGUUGGUGAAUAUUCGAUCUCUCCGGCAACACAUGGAAGUGAUGCUAUCUAUUGGAACUCUGUCAAUGCAGUCCAAGAGACAAAUCGCGUCGUCUAUGAAGGCUACGCUGGCGCAUUCGCUAGUUUCUUCCAGACAGGUGAUCCGAACGCGCACAAAUUGACCAACUCCUCCGAGCUCGGUGUACCGGAGCUGCAGAAAACAGGAGAGGAAUUUGUCAUUGUUGAUCAUGGAUUCGAGAACGAUAGGUCGGACAAAGUGGAGGCUAUCUUUGACUUCCACCGAGUUGAAAUCACAUUGUCAUCCUCAUUUGCUCUUCGCUCGGGUACAGUGUAUCUCUUAAUAUUCCGAAUCGCCCACCUCAUCAGUUAA